UGGCCAUUGAAAUUGCGUGACAUAGGAUAUUAUGUUUGUGACCCGUGACGUUUGGCUUGCGUGAUGUUGCGUGAGAUGUUCGCGAAUAGGGCAACAUACAUGCAAGUCUGACUUCAUUCGACCACAAGCCCUUGAUAUGAGAUUAUUAUUUAAUCCUUUCGGUUCUUGAAAGGCUUCAACUCUUUUUUCUGUCUCCCCGACGCCAGCCAUGGCGACACCCACACCCACGACUGGAUCAUACGAAUGCGAUACCCUGCCUGCUCCUCGCCUCGCUUCGGGUUUGGCUCCUGAUCUAGACCAUAAUCGAUCUCCCUCACCUUUCUCAAAUUUUGGAUCUUCUUCUGCCGGCUCAUCUCCGCCCUCAACAACCUCAGACAUUGAGAUGCACAUCACUCCAACUACUCAGAGAAAAUUAUGUGUCCGCCAUCAGAGAAUGGCGGAUGAGGGUACCAACUUAAAGCUUCAGCAGGCUCUUGAUGCUCUCCCCGUACAAGAACGGGAAGCCGUCAAUGCCAUUUGGUCCGGUUUCUCCUCGUCAUCGCACCCCAGGAGGGAACUGAUUCUUCAAGGCAUUCUCACCAUGUGCUGUUUUUCUCAGCUCUCAUUGCUGACGGAGCAGCUUGGUCAGCUAAUCCGCAUCGACCCAUUCACCGCCCUCCCCCGCGAGGUAUCACUCAGAGUCCUUGCGUGUCUUGACGCUACCUCUCUUUGUCGCGCUGCUCAGGUGAGCAAGCAGUGGAAAAGCCUAGCCGAUGACGACGUCCUAUGGCGCGGAAUAUGUGAACAGCACAUCGGCCAAAAAUGCCUUAAGUGCGGAUGGGGGCUACCUAUUCUCGAGCGAAAGCGUGCCGUCCGCGUAAACUCUGCCUCUCCGUCAUCGUCUCCUCCUUCAUUCCAACCUCAUACUGCCCCUGACUUGAUCGUUCCCGAUAUACCCGACGCAUUGCUGUUCACACGGCCAUGGAAGGAUGUAUAUUCAGAGCGCUUAUCAGUCGAGCGUAAUUGGCGCCGGGGGCGAUGUUCCGUCCGGACGCUACAUGGACACACAGACGGUGUCAUGUGUCUCCAGUUCAGCGAGACCUUGCAGCAUCCUUCCUUCCCUAUCCUCAUCACAGGCUCGUACGACCGCACUGUGCGUGUGUGGAACAUUGAAACCGGCCUCGAGGUACGCUGCCUCCGUGGACAUACGCGUGCUGUACGGGCAUUACAGUUCGAUGAGGCGAAGUUGAUAACAGGGAGUAUGGACCGCACCAUUAGAGUAUGGAACUGGAGAACUGGGGAGUGCAUACGUACGCUCGAGGGACAUACAGAGGGUGUUGUUUGUCUCAACUUCGACUCCAACGUGCUUGCUAGCGGGAGUGUGGAUACCACCGUGAAGAUAUGGAACUUCCGCACGGGCGAAACGUUCACGCUCCGUGGUCACCGUGACUGGGUCAAUUCCGUGCGGCUAUGGGAAUCUGAAGGACCAGCAGAUGUUGAGAUGUCGUACGGGUCGAGUGGCGAGCCAAGGAUAUGCCAAGGCACAUUAUUGUUUUCGGCUUCAGAUGACGGGACCAUUCGCCUGUGGGACCUUGCCCGACGGACGUGCGUGCGCCAAUUCAUGGGGCACGUUGGACAAGUGCAGAGUCUGAAACUAUUGGAGGUGGAUGAGCGCUGUGACGAGGGCGUCAGUCGUCAAGAGCAGCGCAUUGCGGACAAUAACAUGGCCCAUGUCACCCAAGUUGGGAACACAACGAACCCUUUUGAAGUUUGCACGGUCAUUACGCACGAUGCUGAUAACGAGAGCAUGGAGGACAUUCAGAGCCUUGAUCGUGUCACUAGGGAAGUGUUGGCAGGUGGUAGUCGGAAGCGCGCUAAGAGGCCGGUGCUCAUUUCUGGAAGCCUUGAUAACACUAUCAAGGUUUGGGACAUUGAUACGGCGAAAGCCACGCAGACUCUAUUUGGCCACAUUGAAGGCGUCUGGGCGGUAGCGAGUGACAAGCUGCGGUUAAUUAGCGGCAGCCAUGACCGCACUAUCAAGGUGUGGAACCGCGAGGAAGGCCGGUGUACAGCUACUUUGGUUGGACAUCGUGGUGCUGUAACAUGCUUGGGUCUUGGUGAAGACAAGAUUAUCUCUGGCAGCGAUGACGGCGACGUCAGAAUAUGGUCGUUUGCUGGAGAUAAUCGGCUUUGAUGAAAAGGCAUCCUUUUCUUCUUCCGUUUCAUUGUCGUAAUGGUAUUCCCGGGAUCUUGCUUUCGGGUUGUUGUGUUUGAUACCUUAUUUCCAUCAUUUCAUUCCAUAGGAUUAGGAUGUUCAGCUCGCAAUGUUAUCUAGCUUCUAGUACAAGACAAGUGCAUAGGAUCAAACACCGAAUGCAAUCAUUUGAGAAGCGU